GAGUAAAAGAGUACUUUUCUGCUGGAAGAGCAAAAGAUUUUUCAGCUGACCUCAUAAAAACCACUGUGGCUCAGACACCAGGAAGCUGCUCUCAAAACUGCCUUUCAUCAUGUAGGUGCAGCACGCAGAAGAGAAUUAUUUUGCGUGACAUGGUCAAGUACUAACUUUUGCAUUGCCUUAUAGAUAUGAAUGCUACCAUACGAAGGAUUGACCAGCUGACCAACAUCUUGGCUCCAAUGGCCGUGGGACAAAUAAUGACCUUUGGAUCGCCAGUGAUAGGUUGUGGAUUCAUUUCUGGCUGGAACUUGAUUUCCAUGUGUAUAGAAUAUACACUGCUCUUGAAAGUGUACAGGAAGACUCCUGCUUUGGCUCACAAGGCUGGUUCAAAGGUUGAAGAGUCAGAACUGAAGCAACUCAAUGUACAGAAAGAUGGUGAACUGAAGGCCACUGAAGGAGUCCAGUUGAUUCACAAGAAAGAGGUCACUGUUUCUGAACCUGAACAGGAACAUGUUAGCUGUCUUUCUCGUAUGACUGAGCCCUUCAGUACAUUCCGUGACGGAUGGGUUUCCUACUAUAACCAGUCAGUGUUCCUUGCAGGCCUGGCCCUGGCAUUCCUUUAUAUGACUGUCCUUGGCUUUGACUGUAUUACUACUGGCUAUGCAUACACUCAGGGACUGAGUGGUUCCACUUUAAGCCUCUUAAUGGGGGCCUCUGCCCUAGCUGGAAUCCUGGGAACAGUAGCCUUCACUUGGCUGCGUAACAAAUGUGGGUUAAUUCGCACAGGUGUCAUCUCUGGAGUAGCCCAGCUGUCCUCUCUGGUUUUGUGCGUGAUCUCAGUGUUCACACCAGGAAGUCCUUUGGAUCUCACUAUUUCCCCAUUCAUUGACAUCAGUGCUAGGUUGUUUGAAAGCAGUCCAUUACCCACCAUGGCUCCUGAUGGUGAUCUCCUCGAAAUGCCUUUUACCACUGAAAUGCCUGCUUUGGCCAACGCAACAUCUUCUGAUCCAGGAUUAGCUCCCAGCCCAGUGUCUCUCAUCUCUGUUAUCCUUCUGUUUGCAGGAGUCAUUGCAGCAAGAGUUGGCCUGUGGUCUUUUGACCUAACAGUCACACAGUUGCUUCAGGAAAAUGUGAUAGAGUCCGAAAGAGGUAUCAUAAAUGGUGUCCAGAACUCCAUGAAUUACCUUCUGGAUCUGCUGCAUUUCAUCAUGGUUAUUCUGGCUCCUAACCCUGAAGCUUUUGGACUGUUGGUACUCAUUUCUGUUUCCUUCGUUGCAAUGGGUCACAUCAUGUACUUCCGUUUUGCCCAUAAAAGCUUAGGGAGGAACGUCUUCCUUUGCUGUACUCCUGAGCUAAAGUCAGUUGCCAAUGAGCCUCCAAAUCCUGAUGAAUCCAAUGCAUAGAGGAUUUUGCCUCCUCCAGGUGUUUUCUUCCAGUCCAAGUUGACUGAUAUGCUUUAUUAUGGGUCAGAAGCAGCUGGCACCUCCUAAAGGGGUGGUCCUUUCCAGCACCCAAGCCCACAACCACCUUGUUUUCCUUUGCCCCUGGGCAGGUAGCCAGGUAUGGAUUUUUACUGGUUGCAAGAGAUACACUUAUUUAUAUAAGAGGAUAUCUCCUCAAGAGUUAAAGGUUAACUACCAAAAAAAAAAAAAAAAGGCAGUUGAGCUAGAAGGACGUGAUUCUUAUUCUUUUCAAAAACACAGUUCCUAUUGAUUGGAAUGCGGUGGAAAUUAAAAUAAUUAAACAAAACAUUGUCCUAUAAGUAAUAUGAUUAGUGGAUGUUACGUUUCUGAUGCAGCAUAAAUGUAUACUUUUUUCUCUUUUAAAAGAAAUAUUAGACGUGAUGAAAAUAUACAAAUGAAUGACAACAAAGCUUAUUGUUCGAUAAAACUCUGAAAUGUGCCUUUAAACAGACAAACAAGACCUCUUUUCUGUAAUGUUACUUCUAGUUCAGUUUUGAACAAACAUCUGGAUUAUUUUAGUAUAUUAUCUGAAUAAGAAAUAAUGCAAAACAGUGUAGAAUAUAUACGUAGCACUUCCUAGGAACCAAGAUUAACCUAGCAUAAACCGAAGCUAUUUAUAUAAUACAGUAUAGCAUUGUAAAGCAUAAGGGGGGGAGUAUUUUUGGUUUUAUAAAUUUUCAAUAUCGUAUUUACUAAGCCUUAGUUUCAUAGUUUUAAAGGCCAAAUAUAUGAAGUGAGAGAACUAGAUUGUGUGUAUGUGUGUUAAUGAGAGAGAGUGCAAGAGAAUAAAGAAAAGAUGCAUCGCUUUUUUUUCAAAAUUAUUUAAAUUAUUUAAAACACAUAAGCUGAAAAUUCCAAUGAUUUAUUUUACAGUAGCCCCCCUAAUAUCAGGAAGAAAUCAAGAAUGUACCACCAGUAACUUCUUUGUAUAAAAUCCAUUUCAAAUGAAUGGGAAUUGACAAAAAAGUAAUUUCUUUCCUAGAUGAUCUGUAUGUGACAUUCUGUGUGAACUUUGUGUGUAUGUCUGCAUUAUAUAUGUCAGUAAUUUGGAGAAAUAAGCUGUAGCAUGAGUGUAACUUGUAAGCAAAUGAUUAAUAAUCUAACCUGGUUAAAAUGUAAAAAGCAUGUCCCUGAUCACAGAUCUUCAUCUGCAAAAGCAACUUGCUUCCACAAGGAUGAGCAGGAGGAUUUGUCCUAUCAAGCAGCUUCUUGGCAGCACUAAUGUUGACAACUCCAAGUGCAUGUUGGGGCAAGGUUUUGGUGAAGACUGGCAGUGGUGCACACCUUCUGUUCAGUGGCCGAACAUUGUAUGAAAAUACUUCUGUAUGUUCUGCCUGCAGUUUGGGGUUCUACUGUGCUAGUCAGCCAGCAUGGUUUGCCCUUGGAAGGACGAUUGGCAUGCAGAGCCCUACUUCACUUACACUGGUGAAUUGGGGCACAUCUGUAUAGCUUUAAAAGUUUCACAGAGCUGAUAUCCUUAUGCAUUCUUUCUUGUUUUAAAAAAAGUACUCUUUAUAUCCUAGCUUAGUAGAAAAUGGUAUUUUAAAUAAGUUGCCUUUGGUUUGGUGUGUGUGUUUUUUAAACCUCUUAAUGUAAACACAAACAUUGAUAAUCAGUAGUGACAGAGAAUGCCAUGUAUAUAUGAAAUGCUUUUGGAGUCCUUUUUAUGGUAUACAGGAAUGGGUGCAAUGCUUUUUACAGUAAGUUUCAUGCACUUUUGUGGAAAUUGCAGUAAUAAUGCUACAAGCACUUUGCUUUCAAAUAGAGUUGAAUCCUCUUUACUGUACUCUGGAGUUUUUCUAGAUGUAAUUUUAAACUUCUGUUGUUAAAUAUUUGUUAAAUAUUUGUAUGCAUAAAUAUAAACUAUUUUUCACA